UCAAAACUAUGAAAUGUUAUAACUCAUCAGAUUGAGUAUCAUGAUCGAUGUUGCAUCUGCUUUGGAAUAUCUCCAUCAUGGUUACUCAGUAUCGAUUAUUCACUGUGAUAUGAAGCCUACCAACGUGUUACUUGACAACGACAUGGUGGGAUACCUGACUGACUUUGGCAUUGCAAAACUUUUAACUAACAAAGAAUCUAUUGCUCAUACUACAACCUUUGCCACAAUUGGUUACAUCGCUCCAGAGUAUGGUUUGGAAGGCCUUAUAUCCAAGAGGUCAGAUGUUUAUAGUUAUGGUAUCAUGCUACUGGAAACUUUUACCAAGAAGAAACCUAAUGAUGAAAUGUUCACGGGAGAUUUGAAUUUGAGAAGUUGCAUGCAUAAUUCGCUUCCGAUGAGCUGGCCGGAUCACAUCAUAGAUGCUGACUUACUAACACUAGAUGAAAAAAACUUCAACCAAAAGUUACAAUUUGUAUCAUCCAUCAUGGAGUUAGCCAUGAAUUGCACAGCUAAUAUUCCAGUUGAAAGGAUGAAAAUGACUGAUGUUGUAGCAUCAUUGAAAAAGAUCAAACAGAAGCUUUGUUCCUGUUAUUGGAUUACCUAACGACAUGACAUCAGUGAAUUGUGUGGCUAUUGGAAGUUAAAAGGAUGGAAGCUCAUUUACUUCAUUCUUCAACAAGUUACCACAAUUUCGGAGACUACUGUUACAAAAUGCCACAGAUAUAGCUUGUGUACCGUUUUCUUAUUCUUGAUGAUCCAUAUUUGUUUAAGAAAUUAAACUUUAUACUCCAAUUUUGUGCAUAAUCAUAACAAAAUUAUUUUUCCUUGAUCUCAU